AUGGUGUUGGAACCAUCCCGUUAUCAAGAUCCAAGAACUUGGAAAAUGACCCCCGCCAUGCUAAGAGCAAGGAAACCAUUCUUUAAGGGGAAUAUGAUCGGAUUGGGAAUAUUAGGUGCCCUAUCAGUGGGGAUCUACUUCUAUACAUACAGUUUCCUACAUAAGGAUAAUGAUUUCAUUGAUGUGCCUAUCCCUCCAAUUGAUGAAAAGGAAUUGGAACAAUUGAAAAGAGAAUUCGAAUUGGAAAGAUCAAAACGUUCAGGUAACUAG